GUAAUAAUUAGCGGAUGUCAGUUGAGUUACCGAUCUUUGGUUCGAGUUGAUUAGAGUGUUCAGUGUUUCUGAAUCACACAAUCAUGGUUGACCGACUUGUAAACAGUGAAGCAAAUUCCAGGCGGAUCACGAUGGUGGAAAACUGCUUUGGCAGUUCGGGUCAACCACUUGCCGUGUCUGGUAGAGUUUUGGUCGGAGAAGGAGUUCUAACAAAGAUGUGCCGAAAAAAGCCAAAACCAAGACAAUUUUUUCUAUUCAACGAUAUUUUGGUCUAUGGAAAUAUAGUAAUUAAUAAAAAGAAGUACAAUAAACAACGUAUUAUUCCUUUGGAAGAAGUGAAACUUGAAUCGUUGGUUGAUGAUGGACAAUAUCGUAAUGGAUGGGUUAUAAAAACUGUAACAAAAUCAUUUGCUGUUUAUGCGGCAACUGCAACAGAAAAACAAGAAUGGAUGGCACACAUAACAAAAUGCAUCGAAGAUCUUCUCAGAAAAAGUGGAAAGAAACCUGUUGAAAAUCAUGCUGCAGUUUGGGUUCCCGACAACGAAGCUACAAUUUGCAUGCAUUGCAAUAAAUCACAAUUUACUGUUUUAAAUCGAAGGCAUCACUGCAGACAAUGUGGGGCUGUGGUUUGUGGUCCUUGCAGUAACAAAAGAUUAAUAAUGCCAGGACAGGGAACUAGAAAGGCAGUUAGGGUGUGUCUACAAUGUUACGAUGCAGUGAGCAAAGUUUCAGCAUCUGCACUCAUGACAAACGACAGUUUCAGUAAUAAAGAUCAACAACGUAAUUCCGCAGAUAGUUCUGGCGGUGAUAGUUCCGGAGAUGAUGAUGAUACCAAUAAAGAAAAACACGAUGAGCCUAAAUUCUAUUCCACGCUUGCCCGAUGAAUUUAAAAUGUCGCAGUUCUAUGAAUUAAGAAAGGUAUAAAUAUUUUUCUAUAUACAAAAUGCAAAAAGGCCAAUUAUGAAGAUCAUCGAUCUUUGGGGGACAAAAAAAAAGACUAAUAAUGUGAGAAACAUCUUUGAAAGAUAUUUCUUUAAAAUUAAUUAAUCGGUACAUUUAAGUCACAUUAUUAUUUUGUUAUACGUUUUCCUUUUUAUUUCUUUAAAGUAUUUUUCUAAAAGAAACUUGGUCAAUGUAUUUUAGAAAAUUUGCAGUUUAAUAGACGCACAAAUUAAUUUUUAAAAUAAUAUAAAAAGCGUAUGUCAAAUGACAUUUUAAGAAAAAAAAAAUAUGGUUUGAGAUUUUUAUUAAAAUAUAAUAUAUAUUUUAGAAUUUUCUGUAUUAAAACACCGAAAUUAUGACUCCAGUCAAUGUUAAUUUUUUUUUUUUAUGCUCAAAAUAUUGCAUUUACAUAAAUAUUAAUAACAAUGUGUUUAUAAAAGACCGUUAAUUUUAAUGAAUUAUCGGACAAAAUUUUAUUUAAAACACGAUCUGGAAUCAUAAAGAAUCUCAAACGAAUUUUUCCAUCUUGGAAAUAAGUAAUAUAUGUAAUAAUAAUUAAAUUAAAAAAAAAAAAUUAAAAUUCCAUCGUAAAAUUGUAAAAAAAAAGAAAAAUGUACACGUAUGAAAAAGUUUCAUAAUUUUGUAGAUCAGGAAUGAUUAAUCCAAUAAUAUUUUUAAAUUAUUCAAUCACUAAAAGUGUUUUACUGUUUUUUUUAUCAUAGCAUUAUAAAUUAUUUUAAUAUACUUUUAUUCGAAUUUUUAAAAUGUAUUUUUAUUGACAUUAUUUAAAAAAAAUUUUUUUAUGAAAUGUGAGCGGAUUUUACUUGCCAAAAAAUAGAUAAUUUUUGUAAAAUGUGAUUGAUCAUUCCUGACAUUAGAUAAUAAUUAUAAUAAUAUAAUAAUAUUAAUAUUAAUAAUAAUAAUAAUUAAAGUUUUAAACAGCCAAACUGCUUAAAAUAGUUUAUUUUACAGAAAACUACCAUUGGGUAUAGGAAAAAAAAAAUAUUGCGCUCUUCGUCUAAGUUUUUAGGAACCGCCACUUUGUGCCUUUUUGAUCAAAUUAUUUCAUUAAUCAUUUUUGUAUUUAAGGGAAAAAAAUGUAAUUUAAGACAUUUCAUAUAAUGAGUUCCAGGCGUCAAGAUGCAGACGUUUAAAUGAAAAACAAAAAUUAUCAUUACUAUAUAAACAUUUUGAGUGUAAUGAUAUAUUUUAACACAAUCAGUAUUUAACUGUUGCUAUUUCUUGACUUUUUUGAUACUUCUAUAUUAUACAAAUUCAAUUUCAAUGCUUUUUCUAAAUCGAUUUUCUGUAUUUUUAUAUAAAUAUGUAAGCUUCGAACGCUUUUGUAAGUAAAUUGAAAAAUAACAAGUAGACUAAUUCACAUAUUAAACAAAAUAAAAAAAAAAAAAUGAAGACGAAGAAAUAGGAUAAUCAUGCAGGAUUGCAUCUUGAUUCCAUUGAGUGUUUUCUAACGAAACUUGUAUAAAAUAUCAUUUUUUAAGUUAACUUAAAGUUAAUGUUUUUAAAUUCUGAUUAAACUCUUUUUAAAAAAAGUGUCAAAAAUUUUCCUUUUUUAAAAAAAUAAAACAUCCUUUACAAAAUAAGAAAAAUAAAUUUUCCAAGUUUAAUCAGACUUUGAAUUUUUUUAAAAAUAAAUAUAAUAUUAAAUCGACUCACUACAGGCAAGAAUAUUUUUGUAAAUCAUUUUCUAUCGACACAAUCAUGUCGAUAAAAAAAUGUUUUUGAUAAUUAUUAUAUCUGAAAUUAUAUGAUUAAUAUUCUUGUCUUAUGCCAAUUACUUUUUUUUAAACUGUAUCCAUUAAAAUUGAAAAAUGUUACCAGCUGCAAAUUGUCCAGCUGUUUCGUGCACUGUUAACAUUAGAUUGUUAAUUGUACACGAAUAAACAUGUAUCACUAUGAAAUAAUAAAUAAUUUAUCUCUGGUU